AUGAACGCGCACAAUGCGACCUUUUUACCAUCUCAAUUUGAUGCAAACAGAGGCUUCGGAAGUACUGCAGCUCAAGCCUUCGGGCCCGCCGGUGGUUUUACUUUCCAGGACAACGAGAUGGACCUCUCCGGAGGCGAUAGGGGUGUCGAUCAGCCCAGCCCCGCCACCAUAAGCUCACAGUCAAGAGGAGGCUCGACGUCACAUUCCUCUUACUCACCAGGCCAACCAAUCGAACACAACAUGCCAUACCGGGCAUCGCCAAAGAUGACUGGGCCAGGCUCUGGCAGCGUCUUCCCAGACCUCGCAGCUAGUGGAGGAACGUUUCCUACAAACGGCUUCAAUCUACCCAGAAACAUGGGUAAUGAUGCUUAUACUGAUGGCUUCGUAAUGGGUAACGAAUGGGAAUACGCAGCGUUGAACGCAGGGACAGGCCUGACGCCCAUGGCAGACGCGUCCUGGGAUUCGAUGUUGGAAAGCGUCACGAUGGGAUGGGAUUCAGUUGGCCCUGGGCAUGAGAAUCAACCGAAUGCUGCUGGAGUAUGA